AUGAACACAAUUAUCCAAUUUAUCUUAUUCACAGCCAUACCCUCAGCACAGUGGACUCUUCCGCCGGGAACUCCUACUCUCCAGAUGCGAUACCCCUCGACUCCCUGGAUCUCUCCAGGCAGUACCAUCAAACAACCAGGUACGUCCAUCACAAUCCUACUAACGGAUAUAGACUGGAGCUUAUGCGAGUGGAAACCAACAGAUGCUCUCCCGAUACCAUGUAUCAGCACUCUGAACCUCAACGCCGCGCGCACCUACCUCCUCCUCUUCGUCGACAUCGACGUGGUCUUGGAAUCCUGCUCGACAACAGUCUUACAUUGGUACCAGCCGCACAUGACGGCAUCUGCUACGAGUCACUGCAACGGCAAUGGGAAUGGAUGGCUAGUCAACAGGACUUCCCCUGGAGCAGAAUACAUCGCGCCCCAAUCGCCACCGUACACACGCCAUCGAUACGUCUAUCUUCUCUACGAGCAGGACCCUGACUAUGUGUUUCCAGAAUGCUUUGGGCACAUUUUUCCCCCGACAAGAGAGGGGAGAGGAGGGUUUGAUAUCAAACAAUUUGUUGAGAUCGCUGGGUUGAGACCGCCAGUAGCAGGCAAUUUCUUCUACGUCGACAAUGAUGCAGCAACGACGACGACAACGGUGUCAGGAGGAUUGGUGCCCACCACAACGUGGUUCAGAUCGGCUCCAUGCAGGACGGAGGAACCGAAGAGCAUGGGCAUCAUUCCCAUGGAGGCAAAUUACGGGGUCGAUCAGCAGCAGGUGGUCAUAUAA